AUGUCACAACAAGUUUCUGCAAAGAAGCAGCAGGACNUUGUGUUGGAAACACUCGAACCACUCCCAGGCGAUCGCAAGUGUUUUCGAAUGAUCAAUGGAGUGCUUGUGGAACGAACUGUACAAGACGUCUUGCCGCAGCUCAAGACCAAUGCGGACGGCCUCAAANAGGUUCUUGAAGACCUGCUGAAACAAUACACCACUAAGCAAGAGGAACUCGAAAAGUGGAAGCGCCAAAACAAAAUCCAGGUUGUCACACAGUGA